GCUAGUCAUGAAUAUUCUAAGUAAGACGCACCAUCAGAAGGUCUACAUUGUACAGAAAGGUCAAAGCGUUGAGCAGAAACGACGUGUAUCAUUGGUUGCAGACGCUGGACAAGAAAUUAUUGUGGUUCACCAUUAUCCUGAUUCACUAAUGAUUCACUAUUAUUGAAGCAGAGGCCAUGAGACUCACUUCUAAAAGCUGAUCGUGUCUAGGAUUGAUUAUCAUGGGCUACGAAAUCACCAGAUUUAAUGACGAGGUCGAUGAAGAACUGAUGUGCACUAUAUGUGGUCAAGUUCUCGAGUCUCCAGUUCAAAUCCGUCAGUGUGAGCACUGCUUUUGUGGCUCUUGUGUUCAUGAAUGGUUCAAACACCAACAAGUAUGCCCAGUUGAUCGAAAUCCUGUGUCACCUGUCGAAGACUUGAUUCAACCACCUCGAAUAUUGAGAAACUUGCUUUCGCGAUUGAAAAUAUCAUGUGAUAACAAAGAUUUUGGAUGCACUACUGUAGUGAGAUUAGACUCUCUAGGAGCGCACCACAAUGAGUGUCUUUUCAACCCCAAGAGGCCUGUUCCCUGCGAUAAAGGGUGUGGUUUAGUUGUCCCGUUAGAUGAGGUGCCCAAACACAACUGUGUUCAAGAACUGCACAAACUUCUCAACGAGAAAUCUGAGCGAGUGGACGAACUUGUCAGCAAAGUCGAUAAUCUUGAGCUACAACUAAAUGACCAAUACCGUGAAAUCCUUAUCCUCAAGGAAAUAGUCCGAAGCAUGCGUACCUCCGUCUGUGGUAGUCUCAGCAACACGGACGAAACUGAAAAAGCUAUCCAAACAGUUCGAUGGCUAUCAACUCUUAAAUCGGCACGAGUCAGAAGAUGGGGAGGAAUGAUUUCAACACCGGAUGCUGUUCUGCAAGCCAUCAUCAAGCGAGCACUAGGAGACAGUGGGUGUCCCUCGCACCUCCUAACAGAACUAAUGGCCAAUGCCCAUGAGCGUAGAUGGCCUACUGGACUGAGCACACUGGAAACUAGACAGAUGAAUCGGAGGAGAUACGAGCAGUAUGUCACUAAAAGAGUUCCCGGGAAGCAAGCGAUUGUGAUAAUGGCCUCUGAGAAUGAGCAUAUGGGAGAAGCAAUGAUUGUGUCUCCUGGCUUAGUGAUGAUAUUCGCACAUGGUGUGGAGUAGCUAUAAUUAUGUCAAUGUGUUUCACAAUCAGAACUCUGUAUAGUAUUAAGAUCUAUGCUGUGGUGCUUUAGUCAGGAUAAAUAUUGCACAUAUCAAGAGAUUUUUACUUCCAUUUUGUGUUGUCUCAUCCUUAUGUCAUUGUCUAAUUAAACGACAAUAAUUUCUUGCUGUG